CCACUCAUGCUUUCUCUGUCUCAAAAAAAUAAAAUCUUUAAAAAACAAAUUGAGAUGAUAAUAUGAUUUCUCUCACACACUGUGAGAUGCAAAGAUGAUUUACAUAAAACCUGACAAUGGUGUCUGGCAACUAGUAAGCCCUUUAUAAGUCUUGGUGUUGUUACUGUGACCACAAGCAGUUUGGCCGUGUGUGAUGGCAUUUCUUCAUAUGCCCCCUCCCUCCCACUUUAGGGGAUGGCCACAUCCUUUCAGUACUGCCACCCAGAGAACUGCUGGUGAGGACUGCAGUUCUGAGGACCCUCCCGAUGAGCUUGGGCCCUCUCUUGCAGAACGAGCCUUAAAGCUUAAAGCUGUGAAACUGGAGAAGGAAGUCCAGGACCUAACAAUGAGAUACCAGAGAGCUGUAGCCGAUGGUGAAAACAUACGGCGGCGAACCCAGAGAUGUGUAGAAGACGCCAAGAUAUUUGGAAUUCAGAGUUUCUGUAAGGACUUGGUAGAAGUGGCAGACAUUUUGGAGAAGACUACAGAGUACAUUUCUGAGGAGACAGAGCCUGGAGACCAGAAGCUCACUCUGGAGAAGAUCUUCCGAGGGUUAUCACUUUUAGAAGCAAAGCUGAAAAGUGUGUUUGCCAAACAUGGCCUGGAGAAGAUGACACCCAUCGGUGACAAAUAUGACCCUCACGAGCAUGAACUCAUCUGUCAUGUGCCAGCUGCUGUUGGGGUACAGCCUGGCACCGUGGCAUUAGUAAGGCAAGAUGGCUACAAGCUUCAUGGCCGCACCAUUAGACUUGCCCGGGUGGAAGUGGCAGUGGAGUCUCAGAGAAGACUAUGAAUGGGCCAUGAGGAACUGAAUGUUCUCCCAGAGUACAGUCGCCUGUGUUUCCUUUAUUUAUUAAACUAGGUUUGUAUUGUACAUGAGGUACUUCAUGUGAUCUGUUUUGGAUUUAGUCAUAUUGGCUUUAUUUCUAAGAUACUCUACUGAUUUAAUGUGACCAAUUUGGUCUCAUCAGAAGUCUUGCCGUUGGGCAUUUGAACAAUGUGACAAGUGAUCCUAUGGCCUUUGUCCAAAUAUGUUUAAGAAAAUUAUUUUAAAAUUGGUACUCUGAUGACUGUCAAUUGAAAAUCUUUUUAAAAGGUGGAAAUGAGGAUAUGUUUAUGUGUUUUCAACUAAAUGUUUCUGAUGGUCCCUAAAACAGGAAUUAUAUAGGAUCUUGUAUUUCAUGGGAAAAGUAGAUGGUAGGGAUUGGUUCAACAUCUGGGUACUUAGAUGAUAAAGCUUUAGAGUUAUAUGAAUUUAGAUCAUUUGGGUUGGUUUUUAUACACAUAGAUUUUUAGGACGUCCCCUUUUUUUAUUUUGUUUUCCUUUUAGCCAUCUUUUGUCCUUGUAGUCCCCGCCAGGUAGACCAUAUUCACACUCAUUGUCCUUUUCCAAUUCCCAUUUACAAGGGCUAAUUAAGGCCCAGGCAAGACUUGGAAGGCAGGGAGUAUCAAGAAAUUCAAGAUACCAGGUUCCUUUCGAGCAAGUAUGACCAAGACACCUUGUGCUUUCUUUGCUGAGUUACCUUCCAAUUAUUUUCAGCCUCCCUGGGUAUAUAAUCAUUUCAGGGAAACCAAGGAAGGCAGCACCAGUAGGUAAUGACCCAAAUCAGCCUACGUAAGUAAUUUACCUAUAGCUUUUCUUUCCACUAGCCCUUAAAUCUUCCACUUUGUCGGAUUUGCCUCAUCAUCCUUUGUUAGAUUAUGCAGGGAGGUGGUCAAGACAAAAAUGUUAGGUUUUUGUGAUUUCUCAUUUCAUUUAGUUAUGCUGAAUUUUUUUUAUUUGGUACUCACAAAUCACUACCUGUCUCACACUGAUAAGNUUUAUUUUCUAGUUUUUGUAUCUGUCUUGUGUUAGGUAUAUUAACAUCUAGCUGUCCUUUAUGUAUUGACCUCCUAGAAUUAAUGAGCCUAUGUGUUUAUUUUUUAUUUUUUUUAGUCUUGCUUAUGGCUGGUGUUCUGUAAAAGAUUUGUUCAAUAAAUGAGCAAGUGAAUGACCUAUCAAUCAGACUUUAGAAAGGAGGUCAAUUAUGGAGAUCUUAAUGUUAGAAGAGGCCUUAAUGAUGAUUUCAUCUCACCCUUUCAGCUUCUUAUGCAUGAAAACAUCUUUAGGACUGGACUCAAAAAAUGUCUAAAACUAGUAAACUAAAUUUCAGUGAGAACUUGAAUAAGGAGUAACUGGAUAUUAACUUUACUCAUUUAAGAUCCAACAGUUCUAUAAAGAACAUGCAAAUAUGUCCCCAGCGGACAAAGAUUGUUAGAUGUCCAGAUCGCAUAGGUUCAGGUUUUUUAAGUUAGUUGUCCAUAAAGUAAAUCCAUUUCUACUGGAACUUUAUAACCCCAUUCUGUGGAGUGUUAAAAGUUACCCUCUGAAGACAUCAUAGAUAGUUCUAGCACACUCCACACAUGUAUCAAUAAAGCCAUCCCCCAGUGGGGCCUGCCACCUCCACCAGAAUUAGAUACUUAAAAA